UCCGCCCGAUCGCAACCGUGCGUUGCUCCGCUCCCUAGCGCAUCCUCGUGUACCCUUCGCUAAAAGACGAUCGCGUGCUUUCUCGGACACUUAUACCCAUCCGCCCGGUGUUCGCUCGAUAUUUGUCCGGGUCUCUCGUUGUGCUACUUGUUUGCAGUGACCGUGUAGUGCAACACGUUACAAUAUCACUAGACUGAUUAAGGUGUCCUGGUGAUCCUACACAAAGCUACAAUUACGUGAAAUUGGAUCCGAUAGAGGGCCUAUUAAGCUCCUCAGACAACCCUCCUCCUCAAGGUCACUCGAGGAGGUAAACAUCAUUCUGCUUCAUUCAAUUUCAAGCAGCAGUCAGCAGCAGUCUCAGAGCGCGUGUACCGCUCAUAUAAUAGGAUGGGGGGGCGAAGGACGGCGCGAUGAGCUAGCGGCAUGGGAGGCGAGGGGGCGGGCCGCGGCGCCGCGCGCUGGCACGUGGGCGACUCGCCCCCGCGCGAGCCCAUGGGCUUCGCGGCGCCCGCGCAGGAUGCGCCGCUCGACAGGGGCCUCGCGCCCGCGCCUGCGCUCGCGCUCGCGCAGCCCACGCCGACGAACACCGCCGCCGCGGCCGCGCUACAGCGCGCGCACUCCAGAUCAAUGUCGUCGCUGCCGCCGGAGCCGUUUAUGAUGCUCAGAGCGAAAGCCCUGAGCAAACGUGUGAUAAUCAACGUCGGCGGCGUUCGACAUGAAGUGCUGUGGCGGACUUUGGAGAGGCUACCUCACACGCGCCUCGGCAGGCUGCGGGAUUGCAACACUCACGAGGCAAUCACAGAACUCUGCGACGACUACUCGUUGCAAGACAACGAAUAUUUCUUUGAUAGACAUCCGAAGAGUUUUAGUUCAAUUUUAAACUUCUAUCGGACUGGAAAAUUACAUCUAGUGGAUGAAAUGUGCGUUUUGGCAUUUAGUGAUGACCUCGAAUAUUGGGGUGUAGAUGAACUUUAUUUGGAAUCGUGCUGCCAGCAUAAAUAUCACCAACGAAAGGAGAAUGUGCAUGAAGAAAUGCGCAAAGAAGCUGAAAGCUUGCGGCAAAGAGAAGAAGAAGAAUUUGGUCAAGGGACAUGCGCGCAGUACCAAAAAUGGCUUUGGGAUUUACUAGAAAAGCCCACAACGAGUAUAGCAGCUAGGGUGAUUGCAGUUAUCUCGAUCCUCUUCAUCGUGCUGUCCACGAUAGGUCUGACUCUGAACACCAUUCCGCAAAUGCAAGUGUACGACGAGAAGGGUGCUCCCAUGGACAAUCCCCAGCUGGCCAUGGUAGAGGCCGUGUGCAUCACAUGGUUCACGCUCGAAUACGUGCUGCGGUUUAGUGCCUCGCCGGAUAAAUGGAAGUUCUUCAAGGGAGGACUUAACGUGAUAGAUUUAUUGGCGAUAUUGCCCUAUUUCGUGUCUCUGUUUCUGCUCGAAACUAACAAAAAUGCGACAGACCAGUUUCAAGAUGUGCGCCGUGUUGUGCAAAUCUUUCGUAUCAUGAGAAUAUUGCGUAUUCUAAAACUCGCUCGCCACUCGACCGGGUUGCAAUCACUUGGCUUUACGCUCAGAAAUUCUUAUAAAGAACUCGGACUACUCAUGUUGUUCCUCGCGAUGGGAGUGCUUAUAUUUUCUUCACUCGCAUACUUUGCCGAAAAAGAAGAGCCGGGGACUAAAUUUAUAUCUAUACCGGAAACGUUCUGGUGGGCCGGCAUCACGAUGACCACAGUCGGAUACGGUGACAUUUACCCCACGACCCCGUUGGGCAAGGUCAUCGGCUCAGUUUGCUGUAUUUGCGGCGUGUUGGUAAUUGCGUUACCCAUCCCUAUUAUCGUCAACAAUUUCGCCGAGUUUUACAAGAAUCAGAUGCGCCGCGAGAAGGCUCUCAAGCGGCGCGAGGCGCUCGAGCGCGCCAAGCGCGAGGGCUCCAUAGUCUCCUUCCACCACAUUAAUUUGCGCGACGCGUUCGCCAAAAGCAUGGAUCUCAUCGACGUCAUAGUGGACACAGGACACAACCUGUCGCAAGGGGAUGCUUCUAGCCUCGAUGGCGAAGCGCCGGCGACCACUGGCUGCAACAAACAGUACGAACACUCUAUUGGCAAUAGGAUACCGCAGCCUGCCGACAGCAUUCAGUUUCAGAGCAGUCCUAAAAAGGAACGCCGCUUUUCUGGUGAAGGCUUCGACACUCCGGAGAAACGCUUGCUCAUUAAUCCAGACCACCUGACACCAGAAAAGAAGAUGGCUGAAAAACAGCUUGACUUGGAUCAGCUGCCUUCUGAGUUUGAAUGUUGUUUUUGCACGUUCAAGGGUUACAAAGAGUUCAUAGACGCCGAGCAACUAAUGCCAAUGGCGACGUCGGACUUGCGUCAACCAGUAUGCGUGGAACUAGCGUGUCUGCAGCGACACCCGGCACCGCGCGCUUUGCCUGAAGCUACUCCCAACAGUCUUGAUAGUCCUGAUACAUUUGCAUCAUGCCUUACGCACCCUUUUCCUUCAGAGGGCGACAUCACGUGCGAGAACGACUCGUCAAACUUGUAUGUGAAUCCGUUGGACGGUAGCGGCGGUGGCGGGGCGGGGGUGAGCGGGGGCGGGGUGUCGGCGGAGUUUAACGGGGUGCGCAAGAGCGCGUCGGGGGACAUUUUGUGUGCGAAGGGUUCGCAGGGCGGGGGCUCCCCGCGCGGUUCUCAGGGCAGCUUGUCGGGUGUGGCUUGUGCCAUGGAUGCAGGCGCGAGGCCGCUUGACGCCUCGCGCGUCAGCCUCUCGCAACCGACUGACGACUCGCCCGCCGCCGCCGACGACGCCAAGCCCAAACACAGAAAAGCGCGUUUUCAACAGGAAUGGUCGGAGGAAGAGAAGAAACCGCCGAGAGGAAUAGCAACGAGGAUUAUCAAUCAUCACAUUCUUUUUGGUAAGAACGGCAGCAAACGCAGUGGAGGCGGUUGGCCCCAUGAAAGCGAUUCGCGUUCUCGAUCCAUCCUGAAGAACAAAGAGUCCCGGGGCACUGACAGCGAACUACUCCUACAAGAGACGACUUCCCUUGGUGCUAACGGAGACUCGGGUAGCGAGUCGUCACCGAUUCGCCUCCAAGACUUCAAGACUCAAAAUCACAAAGGCAGUGCGGCAGAUAGAAGCAAUCUUGUAACAUAGAGCAUAAAGACAAAUUGCCACACCUUGCCCGCUUACGCCUCGCGACCCUUCUCCCCGCGGCGCUCGUAGGCGUAGAUAUAGUUGUGUACCGGCGUACACAUAUUACCUACUAUAAGAUAAUAAAAAUUAGAACGCAAUAAUAAAAAAAACAUAAAAAAUAAUUUUAACAUAUCAUUGAGCGAUUGUGACUGCUUGUUGAAGACGAUUUUCAUUUUGUAGAGAUUAUUAUAAAUAUUGUAUAAAAAAAUAUUACGUAAUGUAAUUAUCGUUCAUUCCAAUCAAAGAGUUGAAAGUACCUAUUUGUUAAGUUUUUUUACGUGCAAUUAUUAAUUGCUAAUUCUAAUUUAAGCAAAAUAUAGUUUGUACAGCAUAGUUGAAGA